GUAAAUUGAGAAAUCAAAAAAACAGAAGAAAGAAAAAAAAAACAUUUUUAAAUGAGAGUAUUUUGAUAUUGAAAAAAAACACACAAAUUAAUGAAGGUAAUGAGUUUUUGGUCACCAGCCUCACCCUGUACCCCAAAAAAAGAGAAACAACCGCACAAUUUUAAAGAAGAUGACAAGGACAAAGUUUUUGAAACAAUAGAAGAAUUAAGACUUCGAUUGUUUAAACAAUACGAAGAGGCCAAAUUGCGCAAAACAAAAUAUAUUUCAUCAAAUGAAAAUUUAUCUCAAGAAGAAGUGAGACAAAAAAGUUUGAACGGAACGCGUGUUACAAAUCGAGCUCAAAACACAAAUAUAUCGCAUGAUUCCAGCAGAACACGUGGUACUGCAGUAGCGUGUAAUACAGAAACAAACAACCCUUUAAAAAUGAAAAAAAAAAUACGAGAUAGGGAAAAUGAAAUCACUAGCAAAAUAAGAUUUGAAAAAGAGCUAUCUCAAAAAUUAUCAAAAUUUAGUGUAGCAAACCUUGAACUGUUCCAAACUGAAAAAUGUGUUUUUUCAGAUUUGUUACUAAAGGAAUCAAACUUAAAGGAUCAACAUGAUUCAUUAAAAAAAUCCCAGGACACAUUAGCAAACCGAGUUGGAAAAGAACCUAAAGAUAGUUCAUUUAUUAGUUUAGAAAACUCUGAUGUUAAUCCAGAAUGUUCGGGUAUUGAAAGCUCAAAUGUUAACCCAGAAAGUUCUGAUUUAAUUUUGGAAAAUGCACUUUUAAAAUAUAACGAGAAUUUGAUCCAAACGGAAACAGAUUUUACAAAUGUUAUGGAAAUGUUAUCAAAUUGGUAAUCUAACGCCGUUAUUUCAGAUGCCUACCAUUAUGAAAUUGAUAUAUAUAUAUAUAUAUAUAUAUAUAUAUAUAUAUAUAUAUAUAUA